GAAAUAAAUUUAAAAAUUAAGAGUUUCUGCUCACACGCAGCCCAAAAAUGGAAGAAAAAUAAUCGAAGUUUAGAAAAUAUGAUGAAGUACGACAGUCGCUGGCUAGGAAUGGAUAAUGUAUUUGCAUUGUCCAAUGUUUCACAUAAAGGUCGACCUACAGUGAGUUAUUCUGAAACUUCUCUGAAGUAUGGUAUAAGUCCCUUGCAUGCAUGGAUUAGGUGCUUGGAAUUUAUUUUACAUCUUUCCUACCGUAUGGACUUAAAAAAAUGGCAGAUAAGAAGUCAAGAGGAUAAAGAAGUGUUAAAGCAAAAGAAAUCUGAAAUACAAGAAAAGUUCUGGAAACACAUGGGCUUACGCGUCGAUAAGCCGAAAGCGAACGGUAGCGGAAACACUAACGAUGGCAACUCAGCUCGUCGAGCUAUCUCUGAUCCAGAAAUGCUUGCAAAGAUUACUUCUAUCGACAAAACGUUUUUGAAAAAUUUAAAAACUAUUUUAAUUUGUAUAUCUUGUGAAUUCCAAAUUGAUGUGGAACUUUUUUUUUGCUUUUGUAAGAGAACAUUCGAUAUAUAUAUGGAAAAAUACGACUGGUAUGCUAUGUCAGCCACGUUACAUAAAAUUUUGGUUCACUCCGCUCAAAUUAUGCAAUCAUCUAGUGUACCACUAGGCUGUCUAGGGGAAAAUGCUUCAGAAAGCCGUAACAAAUGCUAUAAAAGAGAUCGCGUGUCGCAUGCCAGAAAAAAUAGCAGGGAGAAUAAUAUGAAAGAUGUCUUUGAUAGAGCUAUGGAUUCAUCUGAUCCCCUUUUAUCUAGUAUGCACUUGUCAAAGAGGAUUUAUUCAAAAAAAAAACAAACAUUUCCACCGGAAGUAGUUGCACUUUUGAAAUCUCCUCCUAAUGAGUUUGACGAUGAUAAGCCUACAACAUCACGACAGGCAUUAGAAGAAUUCGAUGAAAUAUGUUCCGACGAUAAUGAAGAUAUGGACGACAGUACUUGCUUCUCGAUUGAACUAGAGGAAGAAUCGUGGGAUUAGAUAAAGGUGAGACUCUACCUGACACACAAAAAACAACAAUUUGCUAUGCUUUUAGUAGGUACUCACUCAAAAAUGGAACAACAAAAAUAAACUAGACUAAUACUUUUAAAUAUAAUAUCAAUCUUUUUGAAUAAAUUCUUUUUGAAUGGCCUUAAGUGGUUCAUUUUAUUUAAAAUACAACUAAAUUAGCGAUAUCUCGAAAAAAAACCGGAUUCAUGGAAUGAUUUUAAGUAGAAAUAUGUAGGUCAAAAAAGUUCUUAAAUAAUAUACAUACCUACUCGUAAGUAUGAUUUAAAAAAAGGCGUGGCAGUGGUUAAAUCCCGCCCAUUUUUUUGUCAGAGUUUUAGGGGGGUGCCAGAUUAAUGUGUGCAAAUUUUCAAGCUUCUAUCUCCUUUGGUUGAUUUUUGGCCGCAGAACAUGGUCAUUUAAACCAUAGUGCUGCGUUUCGAAACAUAUUAAGGGAGUUCAAGAUUUGUAGCAUUUUAGAUGUUUUUUUAUCCCAUUUGGCCAUAAUGCGUGGUUUGGUUGAAAUAAAAUGCGCCAGAUAGUUUGACGAAUAUUUGAGACCAUGCUGUGACAGAACUGUUUGAA